AUGGCAGCUUUCUUGACCCGAUUACACCAUGUUUCUCUCCACGUUUCCAACGCGGAGAAAAUCGCGCACGACCUUGUCUCGAAAUUCAAGUUUAAUGUGUUCGCUACGAGACUGAGCGGCGGAUCCCGGCAGCUGGCUCUCAGGAAAGGAGGGUCCGUUUUCAUCGUGAACGAGAGACCAGAGCGGAGCGGCGUGAGACUGAACGAAGAGCCAGUGGGCAUCGUCCCAGACAGAUACUCACUUGAUCCGAACCGGGUCAGCGUGGCGGAUCAUCCCGCGGGGUGUCUUUACGACGUCAGCGCACAUUACGCAGUGGACACUGCGCGCAACGUGUGUUUCGAGGUGGAGGAUGUGGAAAGCUCAUUCAGGGAGCUCCGCCGUCUGGGAUGCGAUUUCUUGGUGCCUCCCACGACAGUUCAGGACGAGCGCGGUCAUGUCACCUACUCGGUGCUUAAAUCUAUCGUGGGAAAUGUGUGCCACACGCUCAUUGACAGGAAAAAGUACGAGGGAGGCUUCUUGCCCGGGUUUGAUGUCGUCGAGACGGACUGCAGCUUGGAGGAAGAGGACGCGUCUUGUCCAGUCACACAUUUUGACCACAUAACUUACGCCUGUCCCAAGAAGACAACCCACCAGGUCAUGAGGUGGUAUGAGAAGCUGUUUGGGUUUCAGAGGUUCUUCAUUGAGAGUGAUGAGGAUUUGGACGAAGGUUUUGUCAUAAACCAGGGGGCCAUUAGAUUACGCCUCACCGCCAUGGAGUACUGGAAAUGCAGCGAGGUGGGCAUCGCUCUCCCCUCUGUGGACAAAAAAGAGCCCGACUGCAAGUUUGUCAUUGCAGAGUCACUGUCUGAGCAAGGCAGCAAUCAGAUUGACACCUUCUUGGAGAAGCACGAGGGGCCGGGGAUCCAGCACAUCGGGCUGUACACAAAAAACAUUGUUUCUACUGCACAUGUGAUGGCUCAAGCUGGGGUCCAGUUUUUCUCCCCUCCUCCUGCCUACUACACCGAGGUGGGAAAGCAGCAGGAGAUAGAGGAGGCAGGACACAACCCCCAGAUGCUGGCGCAGCAUGGCAUUCUCCUGGACACAGACCUGCACCAGGAUCCCUCAUCACAGACGGCACCCAGAGAAAACAGAAGACACCUUCUCCAGGUGUUCACCAAGCCCAUCUUUGCAGAGGACACCUUCUUCCUCGAGCUGAUAGAGCGGCAGGGGGCGACGGGUUUCGGAGAGGGGAACAUCAAGACGCUGUGGAGGUCGGUGCAGGCGCACAUGGAGAAUAAGCAGGUGGAAAAAACUGUGCGAACUGCUCAAUAUUAGUCAGUCCAGAUAUUUUUAACUAACUUAUGUACAAGUGCUCUCUAUUUCACUCACGGAGUUAGUGGUAAAUAUAGAGCUGCUUUAUAUGUUGCACUGCUGCCAAAGUACAAAUGAUAUGUUCCAUUAAUGCCUACAUUUGAACAUGACUGAAGAAAUUAAAUGAACAAACUGGUACAAAUUCAGAUGUUAACAUACUACGCAGUAAAAGAAUGUCUCUGUUUUCACUGUGUCAACGUAGAGCAACUGACUGACUCCAGAGCAACUGUUCCUUAAUAAAUCUAUUACUCACAGUAGACCGUGAAGACCAAUUACUGUCCUCAAAAUGACAUGCUCAGUGUUUCUCGGAAUGUGUGUAGGCCAAAUUUCAG